AAAACUCUCUUUUCUCUUUAUAUAACAAAAAAUGCCCAAGUCUAAGCGUAGUACAGUCGUAUCCUUGACCAAGACUGACAAGAAGGGUCGUGGAGGAAAAGAAAAGUUGUUUGAAGAUGUUCAAAGUUGUGUUGAUAACUAUGAAUACUUGUAUUUGUUCUCUGUCAAAGACAUGCGCAACACAUACCUCAAGGAGAUCCGUCAUGAUUUUAACGAUUCUCGCUUCUUUUACGGUAAGAAUCGUGUGAUGGCCAAAGCUCUAGGUACAACACCUGAAGAAGAAUAUAAAGAAGGCAUUUCUGAGAUUGCAAAACAAUUGACAAGUGAGGUUGGUCUACUUUUUACUCACAAGAAACCUGAAGAAGUCAAGAAUUAUUUUCAAGAAUUUGUCAAGCCUGACUAUGCUCGUUCAGGAGCCAUUGCCACUCAAACCAUUACUUUACCUGAAGGACCUGUCAAGCGAGGUGUUGAUCCCAUGCCUCACAAUAUGGAGCCUCUUUUAAGAUCACUCGGUAUGCCCACUGUUUUGAAGAAUGGUAUUGUCACAUUGCUUGUGCCUUAUACUGUGUGCAUGGAAGGAGAAACACUCUCUACAAAUCAAGCUCACCUUUUGAAGCUCUUUUAUCAUCAACUUGCCGAAUUUAGUGUGGACCUGAUUAGCUAUUAUCAUAAUGGACAAGUCCACGAAUGUUAGAUAUAGAGAGAAUAGCUAAAAAGAGAGAGUAUAUGUGUAUGUAUAAUUCAUUAAUUAAAAAAAAGAGUGCGUGUAUAAAAUAA